UGCUUCGCAUGGGCUACAAAGUACAACGUUGGCUCCAGAACGUGCGCUAACCUGCCUUCUGCGCAUGUUCAUGUUCCGGCUAGUGACUAGGCGUUAUUGUGGCGAACUUCUACAGUGUCGUUUGAACUCCUGUUGCUGUCCAAUCCGUCAACCUUGGAUGUGAGAAUGGGCAAUGUCGAUUCUCCUUCCGACGGAGGCGAAGAAAAUUAUAGGUGGAUUUGCUCCUUAUUUAAUGACGAUUCCCAGCAAGAGAACCGUGGUGACCAGGGCGACUCCGCGGAAGUUGCCGAACCACAGGAGCAGCAACACCACUACCAGCAGUACCCGCAAUCGCUCCCCGGUGCCGGAGACGAAUACCAUCUUCACUCGCAGCAUACAGAACAGCAGCAGCGGCACAAUGGCCUUUCUCAGCCGACUGAGGAAAGCGCCAUGGCCGCAACCAUAUCAGCUGCAGCCAACACCAUGUACGGUGCGGAAGCCCUGGCUGUUGACUGCUCCAGCUAUCGACCGCUGCAGGGUGCUGCAACUGGUGGGUUAGCCACAGGUGAUAUGCUGGUUGCGGCGACAGGGUUUGGGGGCACUGGCAACCCAUCAGCCCUGGCGGCUUUUGGGCCUAUCAGCCAGGUUGGGGACGACCAGUUCACCGCCUUAACAACGCACUUAACAGCGGCCUUGGAUGCUGCUGGCAUUCUCCAACCGCCCGGUUCAGCGCCAGCGUUGCUUGUGCCGCCAGCGGCGUUCACCCAUGUGCCUCAUCAGGCGCCUCCGCAACCAG